AUGCAAGGGAGAUUGGAGAGGCUUCAAGCUGACUGCGAGAGGGAAUCGCAGCGCCCCUCGGAGAGACCGACGCUUGGGUCAGUGACUUCUUGUGAGUCUGAAGUCCUGGUCGGCUUCCGGGCCUUGAUCCAAGAUCCAUGCUGGCAGCUUCGCAGGGUCGCCAUUGCUGGUCUUUCUUGCCUCGGUCCACUGACGCCUUGUGGCGCGCUCCUCGCAGAGGUCCUGCAGCGCGACCACAGCGCCGAGGUGCGGUGCGCUGCCGCGGACGGCAUCGCUGUGCUGCUGCCCCACGGCGACAGGGCCGCGUUGACGGCCCUCAGCCAGGCUUUGAAGGAUCGCUGCCCCCACGUUUGUGCGCGUGCCAUGGCCGCCAUGGCGACCGUGCACAGCGCAGACGUGCUCUCCUCCACCGCCCCACUGCUCCAAGACGAGGACCGUUUUGUGCGCGCCCGCGUUGUGGCGACGUUGGGCAGACUGGGCGUGCCCGCCGCUCCGUUGCUCGCGGCCCGGUGUGAGGAUCGCAAUGAACAUGCGGCAGUGUGGCUUGGCGGUUCCGAUUAA